CUUAGCAGCACCUGAGGUAGGAGAGAAUGGCCAGACCGUGUAACUACAGACAGAGGAGGACGCCUGUGUGCUUUGUAAAGUAUGGUUCCUCUGUGUCGUCUACCUGGAUUGUGGAUCAGCAGAAAUCUCAGUUUCUUGAAGCUGGUAUUCGUCGUUGUCAUCUUAUUUGGAAUGUCAUUGGUCAGUUUAAAAUAUUACAACAUCGAUUUAUCACAAAGGUCUUCACUUCUGACAUACAGUUGUGAUAAGCAAAGAGUUAACAUUUUAUCAAGGCUGGAAAAAUCAAUCAGUCAGGACUUGUUGGAAUCUGACUGGGAGGAGCUGCUGGAACUGGUGGAAAAAUGGAAGAUGAGUAAAGAAGUGCUCUGCAAAAGGCAAGACCAGAGACCUUACAAAGAGAGGAGAUCCUGCAAGCCCCGCUCAAACAUAUUCUUCUUAAAAAUACAUAAGACAGGGAGCAGUACCAUAAUAAAUAUGCUCUUCCGCUAUGGAGAAUUUCAUAACCUGACAUUUGCCUUCCCUGUGAAAAAAUACUACUUUAAGUUCCCAGACUACUUUUCAGCACAGAACGUAUACGGAUUUUCUUCAGAAAAGCAGCAGAAAUUCAACAUCAUGUGCCAUCACAUGCGCUUCUCUCUUACAGAGAUAGAAAAGAUCAUGCCCAGUGAUACCUUCUUUUUUACCAUUCUGAGACAUCCAGAAACCCUGAUGGAAUCAUCUUUUGCAUACAACAGAAACUCAAGUUCCUUCAACUACUCUACAAGUAUAGAAGACUUCUUAAACAACACCACUAAACUAUAUCGAAGUAAUGAAUCAGAUAGUGCUUUUGCUAAAAACCUAAUGACUUUUGAUCUUGGUUUUAACCACAAUGGACCUGUAUCACCAAAGCACUUUAAGUUACAGUAUAAAAUGGUAGAUGCAAUGUUUGAUCUCGUCAUGAUCAUAGAAUACUUUGACGAGUCUUUGGUGCUCCUCAAAAAUGCCCUAUGCUGGACUUUUGAUGAUGUCUUGUCUUUUCCUCUCAAUAUGAGAAACAAUACUAGCAGACAUGUUCUCUCUGUUGAGACUAGGGAGAAAAUAAAAAGCUGGAACCAGUUGGAUUGGCAAUUGUAUGUACACUUUAAUAAUUCCUUUUGGGAUCGUGUGGACAAGUUUGGAAGAGAACGUAUGAGGAAGGAAGUGGAGGAACUAAGAAAACGAAGAGCACGGCUUUCUGAGAAAUGUCUGAAUGACCAAGUGGAAGCAAAUCGGAUAAAAGAAAAAUCACUGGUUCCAUAUCAUCCUGGUUCACUUAGUAUUCUUGGAUAUAACCUGAAGUCAGGGCUACAAAAAAGUGACCGACUACUAUGUCAUAGACUUGUCCUUCCAGAAAUCCAGUAUACAGACCUGUUGUGGGCCAAACAGGUUGGAAAUGAAACCAAAGCAUAUAUAGCGGAUAAGGGUCAAAAAGGACAAGAAUCAAUCACGUCCAAUCUAAACUUCACUAGCAGAGGCCAAUAGCCCCUAUAAAUUAAUGGAUUAAUGUACAACCUUCUGAAAUUUGGUAACCAUAUUGCAGUAUUAUAUUAUAUUGUGUGGUUAAGCUUUUCAUAGUCUUACUGUUUUUAAAGUAAACAACUGCAUGGAUGUACAAGUGUUUUAUGUGGCACAUUAUCAAAUGCUGUUAAAGUCCAGAUAUGCAACAUCCUUGUAGAAGCUGACCACAUUAGUUUGACCGAUCCAUCAAACAUCCAUGCUGAUGCUAUGUUUUAGAUACUUCGGGAUAGCUCUAAGAAAACUUUUAAAUAUGUUACUCAUGUUAGAACUAUUGGCCUAUAGUUUCUUGGAUAAUUGUUUAGCACCUCCUUUUUUUAAAUAUUAGAACCACAUUUACUAUGUGUUAGUCCUAUGGUGCAAACCCUGUAGAAUUCUUAUUAGAUCUUAGAUGUGCCAUUUAAUGAACUAUUUACAUGAUCCCUAAUCAUAUUCUUGGUCAUUGCAUUUCCCUGUGUAAAUGCAGUAGAGAAAAGGGAACUUAAUAGAUUGGCUUUUCUAUUAUUCUCCUCGACCUUUACACCCAGAUUACUUCUUGGGGGACUUUAAAGUUUCUUAAAAGGCUUUAAGUGGGGUUGUUUCUCUUCCUGUGAAAAGUUAAAAAAACAAAAAAAUUCAAUCUUUGCUGCCUUUGUCUUGUACACAAUUUAUUUUUCUCUUUAUACAUUGUUUAUGCAAACAGGAACAGCUUCCCUUUUAUAAACGGUCUAUGAAUUAUUCUGAAAUGCUGUAGCAUUUUAGAGAAAUUAAAGUUUUGAAAACAUCUGGGAAUGGGGCUUGGAGUGACUGGAGUAGUCCCAGCCGGCAUCUCCUUGACAGAGCUCUCUAUGUACAAUUAGCUGCAUAGUAGGGGAGGGGGACACCUAGCAAGGCCAAAGUUGGCUGUAAGGUAUAAUAAACUAGACAAGUCUUUCAGAAAAGUGUCCUCCCUAAUUUCUAUUACCCUCGGUAUGGGUGCCUAGUGGCAAAUUCAAUCCUGGUUAUUCAUGAAGACACAUAAUUGUGACAGUUAAUGUAAUAUGGUUGAUUGGAUUCUAUAAUUUAAAGGUGUAUUCCGAUGAAAAACUAAAAAUUUUUUUUCAUAUCAACUGGCUCCAGAAAGGUAAACAGAUUUAGAAUUUAAUUUUAUUUAAAAAAUAUUAAUACUACCAGUACUUAUCAGCUGCUGAAGUUGAGAUUUUCUUUUCUGUCUGCCAACAGUGCUUUCUGCUGACACUUCUGUCUGUCUCGGAAACAGUCCAGAGUAGGAGCAAAUCCCCUUAGCAAACCUCUCCUGCUCUGGACAGUUCCUGAGAUAGACAGGUGUCAGCAGAGAGCACUGUUGUCAGAAACAGAAAAGAACUACUCAACUCACCAACUCAAGGAAAUUUCCUUUUACUCUAAUUUCCUUUUUAAAAUUAGGGUGUGGGUUAAACACCAGUGCGUGUUAUAUGGCUAUAAAUGCAGUAUAUUUAAUUUCACAUAAUGUAUCAGUUUAGGCUGAUUUUAUUAUCAGAGUAAAACCCCUUUAAACCUUGCUCAGUUUGUUUUUAUUUAUUACUUAAAUUUACAAUUCUUAUGGUAUAUAUUGUAUUUUGUAUGUAUAAUACUUUUGUGUUUUUCAUGAUUAGGAGGGUACAAUGCAUCUAAAAUAAAAUGUGAAGUAUUUUUUUUACAGCCAGUCACUAUAUACAGUAGGUAGGGAGUAAAAACACCACUCUUUCUUUUAGAACUAUUAUGGACUCUUAUCAACGGGUUUAGUCAGGUUUUCUUUACUAUAAUUGUCGCAAAAUUGACUACGCGAUUUUUCGUGCAACAUUUUGACUGGAAAGCGAGAAAAGCAAGUUUUCCAAAAAUUAACUAUGUAGUAAUAAUUUUAAAAUGAACUACGGGUAGUCAGGUAUUUAUUAACUGCGACAGUCGCAACUGCGCAAAAAAAAGUCGCAACAGCGUUAAAAAUUUACUACAUUUACUCCAGCUCAAACAUUGAGCAGAAAAAGCUACUACCAAAGUAAAAAAAGGAAAAAUUGCUUACGUGAAAGAAAAUGAUCA